AUGAAACCUUACAAAAACAUUUACCACAUGCUUUUGUCCAACACGCAUGAGCAUCUUGAACAUGCAGGAAACAUCAUUGACUGGAUCUUAUCUUCUUUGUCUCCUUCUUUUUCUUUCUUUGCAACCAUUUAUUGCAAUACUCACUUGGUGCAGGAGAAACAGCCAAUCUCCCUCGUGUACGAGGACGAGCGUUGGGAGAAGACCAUUCGCUACUUCCUCACCCACCACGGCCAGCACAUCACUUCUCUUGAUCUCAUCUUCACAGAAAUGGACCAGCUGCCCUCCCUCCGCCCUUUGAUCACUCGCUGCAGCCCCUCUCUUUCCUCCUUCAGACUGAAGUUGCGGGGCUUCGUAACCAUGUUCGAUGAGCAUGAGUACAAGGACUGGACUCUCAGCUUCCUUCAAAACUGCUCGCACCUGCAGCGCCUGAAGCUGGGCCGAGGCAUGUGGAACCUCGACAAGAGUUGCGCGAAUGCCGCGUGGCUGAAAUCAAUCCGCCGUCUGACCCUGAAGCAGGUGGAUACGAGCCACGUGAACUUCGAAUAUAUUGAUUCCAUCACGCCGCAGCUGCACGAGUUCACGCUCUACCUGCACUGGCACCUCUCCCGUGGACCCGUCUUUGGCUCCCACGCUAUGACCUUCUCCUUCCCCAAUGCCCGCCUCCUCCGCUUCCGCUUUGCCAGCAACGAGUUCAAGCUCACCCUCUCUGUCUCCCCUGCACUCAAGACUCUCUCAGUGAUGGCCAAGUGGCUUGUUCUCUCCUGCAAGAGCACCGCUCCUCUUGCUCUCGACCACCUCUCGCUGUACGGCCAGGAGCGGCUCGUCAUUUCCUCCCUCCCCAUCGCAUCCGUGCGAGCUGCCUACCUCAAUGGCCCAGCCAGUGAUGAGGAAUCCAGCUGCCCCGGGAUCUCUUACCAGCUGCCCCCCUCCUGGCAGCACGUUCCCCGCGGCAUUUCCGGCUUUUCCUGGACCGAGUGGCUGCGCUCUAUAGCUCAAAACGUGGAGGUGCUUGUAGUGAGGCAUGGGAUUCCGAUCCACGAGGUGGGUGUGGAGUGGAGGAACCUGCGCAGCCUUGGGAUUGUCAUGCAUGCAGAGGGGCCGCACAACAAGGAGUGGGAGGCGACGGUGGAGAAUUAUAGGGCGUUUAUGGAGGACGGGGAGUUUGAUGAUGAUCUGGAUGAGGACGGUGGCUGGGGUGGGUGUUAUGGUGAUGAUGACGAGGAGGAAGAUGAUGAUGAGGAUGAGGAUGGUUUCGAUGAUGAUGAUGAGGAGGGUGAGUAUGGGGGGAGGGGCUGCGGUGGAGGAAGGGGAGGGAGUCGCAAGAAGAAGGCCCCUGCGAAGCCGCCUUCUAUCGAUGCUCCGAAUCUGCAGUUCUUCUUCCCCUCUCGCAAGGCGUGUGACGCCGCCACACUGGCUGCACUGCGGCAGGACUACCCCGCCCCUGGCGCUCUACUGUGUGGUGGACCGCUCCUUCUACUGGCAGAGGAAGGGGCAGCCGUGCAGGAGAGGCAGCCCAUCUCCCUCGUGUACAAGGAGAAGAGCUGGCAGAAGACCAUUCGCUACUUCCUCACGCGCCACGGCCAGAGCAUCACCUCCCUCCACCUCAUCUUCACCAACUUGCAGCAGCUCCCCACCCUCCGCCCCUUGAUCGCUCGCUGCAGCCCCUCCCUCUCCUCCUUCAGCAUCAAGCUGUGGGGCUUCGUGGACAGCGACGAGGAGCAGGAGGACGAAGCCUGGACUCUCGACUUCCUCACCGGCUGCUCGCGCCUGCACCAGCUGAAGCUGGGCUGGGGCAUGUGGAACCUUGACGAGAGCUGUGCGAAUGCAGCGUGGGUGAGGUCCAUCCGCUGCCUGACCCUGAAGCACAUGGAUAGGAGAUAUAGAAACUACAAGUUCCUCGAGUCGAUCACGCCGCAGCUGCACGAGUUCACGCUCUACGAGCACUGGCACCUCUCUCAUGGGCCCGUCUUUGGCUCCCACGUCAUGGAAUUCAACUUUUCCAAUGCCCGCCUCCUCCGCUUCCGCUUUGCCAGCAACGAGCUCAAGCUCAAGCUCACCGUGCCGCCCUCACUAAAGAGCCUAUCGGUGAUGGCCAAGUGGCUCGUGCUUUCCUGCAAGAGCACCGCCCCUCUCGCUCUCGACCACCUCUCGUUGUAUGGUCAGGAGCGCCUUGUCAUCUCCUCCCUCCACACCGCAUCCACGCGAGCCGUGUACCUCAAUGGGCCGGCCAGCGAUGAGGAAUCCAGCUGCCCGAGGCUCUCUGCUCAGCUGCCCCCUUCCUGGCAGCAUGUUCCAUACGGCAUCUCUAACUUCUCCUGGACCAACUGGCUGGGCUCCAUAGCGCAAAACGUUGAGGUACUUAUAGUGAGGCAUGGGAUCCCGAUCGAGGAGGUGGAUGAGGUGUGGAGGAACCUGCGCAGCCUUGGGAUUGUCGCGCACGCGAAGGGGGAGCAUAGUAAGGAGUGGGAGGCGACGCUGGAGAAUGACAGGGCGUUUAUGGAUGAUGGGGAGUAUGAUGAUGAUGAUAUGGAUAAUUAUGAUGAUGACGAGGAUAGUAUCAAGCUUCCCUCCAUCCGCGCUCCGAAUCUUCAGUUCCUGUUCUUCCCUUCCAGCAAGGCGUGUGAUGCGUCCACACUGGCUGCACUGCGGAAGGACUACCCCGCCCUAGCGCUCUACUGUGUGGUGGACCGUUCGUUCUACUGGCACAGGAAGGGCGAGAGGGUGAGCAAUGCGCCGCUCAAGCAUGUGCGGCAGGCAAAGAGCGGGAUGCUGCGGCAUAGGUUUCUUGAGAAGAAGCCGAAGAAUGUUAGGGAGAAGAUGUACAGUGUGAACAGGAAGCUGGUGGAGGGGUAUAGAGUUGAGGAGGAUGAGGCUCAUAUGUUGAAGUACAAAGGAAGUGUGGUGAACGGGCCGUUGGAUCACAUCCUCAUCAGCAUCGGCGCGCCUGGCAACUCCCUCGUAGGAGGCUGGGUGGUGAGUGCAUCGCUGCUCACAGCAGCGUGUGGCGCGCUCUCAGCCGGCUGGCUCGCCGACUCUGUGGGCAGGCGAACCACCUUCCUGCUGCUCUCGCUGCCCCUCGCACUCGGGAGUGCUCUCAGUGCCACAGCGUCAUCGGUGCCACAGAUGCUGGUGGGGCGUGCGCUCACAGGGCUGGCCUUUGGCGUCAUCUCCUGUGUUGUGCCCGUCUACAUCUCCGAGAUAGCGCCAGCAUCAGUGCGGGGUCGCCUGGGCUCGUUGAACCAGCUGGCCAUCUGUGUCGGCAUCCUCGCUGCUCUGCUCGCUGGUCUGCCCCUCGCUGCCAACCCCUCCUGGUGGAGGCAGAUAUUCUGGAUUGGAGUGGCACCAGCGGCCGCCCUGGCUGCAACUUUUAAGUCGACUCAAAAGUCACCACUUUCUUCUCCCCUGCCCCCCCGCCUCUCCGCCAAUCAGGUGGAGGCAGAUGUUUUGGAUUGGAGUGGCACCAGCGGCCGCCCUGGCUGCUG